CAACGCCCCGUGAAGCAGUCCCUGAGUGCCUGCAUGUGCCGAGAGUCCCACUGGAAAUGCCUCCUCCUCUCCAUCCUCAUGUAUGGCUGCCUAGGUGCAGUGGCCUGGUGUCAGCUGGCCCGGGUCACCAAGCUCAGCUUUGAUAGCUCUUUCAAGGGCAAGUCCAUGAUUUACCAUGACAGCCCAUGCUCGGACGGCUAUGUCUAUAUCCCACUGGCCUUCCUCUCUAUGCUGUACGUGGUGUACCUGGUGGAGUGCUGGCACUGCCACGUCAAGAGAGAGCUGCAGUACAAGGCGGAUGUGGACAGUGUCUAUGAAUGCAUCAACCGCAUGCAGCAAGCCACCCCGUGCAUCUGGUGGAAGGCCAUCAGCUACCACUUUGUGCGGCGAACCCGGCAGGUCACCCGGUACCGCAACGGUGAUGCCUACACCACCACGCAAGUCUACCACGAGAGAGUCAACACCCACGUGGCUGAAGCUGAGUUUGACUACUCUCACUGUGGCUACAAGGACAUCUCCAAGGAGCUCCUGGGCCUGGAGAGCUACACAGCCACCAAGCUGAGGUUCACCAAAUGCUUCAGCUUUGCCAACAUUGAGUCUGAGAACUCUUACCUGACUCAGAGGGCUCACUUCUUCACGGAGAUCGAGGGGCUGGAUGACUACAUGGAGGUGAGGGAAGGCAUGCAGCUCAAAAACGUGGACUUUAAAGAGCUCAUGAUGGCCUACGGGGACCCAGAUCACCUCCCGUGGUACGUGUCCCACUAUGCUUUCUGGGUGGCCGCUAUCCUGAUGAUCUCGUGGCCGCUCAGGGUACUCAUAGAGUAUCGGACUGCUUACGUCCACUAUCACGUGGAGAAGCUGCUGGGCCUGGAGUACACAGCGCACACGGCGUCAGAGGAGCCCUUGUACCGGUACCGCAUGCCCCGAGAUGCCACGCAGGACAGCACCGAGCUGGAGUGGCACAUCUGCACCAACCGGCAGCUGAUCCCCAGCUACUCAGAGGCCAUGCUCAUGGACCUGGCCGACUCCCCAGCCUACAACCGCUACGCGAUCGCGGAGCGGGGCUGCCAGGACGAGCAGUGCUGCUCCUACUCCAGCCAGCUGGCUGUCAACGAGAACCCCCCAACCUACCACGACGCCCGCUUCUUCCCCGUCCUGAUUGUGCACAGGCCGGAGGGGCACGACGGGCGGCGUUUCUACAUCAGGCGCUCCUCCUGUCUGGAAACCUCUCUGUGA